AUGGCACCUCCGUCGCGGUCGAACCUGGCGCCCCAGAUGAACGGGAACGGGGCGGCGGGCAGGAAGAUUCCAACUCCCCCUCCCAACGUUGGGCCACACACUUUUGUUGUGGACGGCUUCCCUCCUCCGCGGCCGUUCGUUCCGAGCGUUAAGCAAUAUGCAGAGCAUAAGAUCAUCGAACCAGCGACGAACACGUCUGAACAUGGCUUCCCUCCGACGCAAAUAACGUAA